GCCAGCACGUGCGUCCGCGCCGUGUGUGGGGGGGCGCAAGAUGGCGGCGGGCGACGCGGUUGGGAGGUACCGCAGCACCGUGGGCAGGAGCAAAGACCCCUCGGGGCUGCUCAUCUCGGUUAUCAGGACUUUAUCCAGCAGCGAUGACGUGGAGGACCGGGAGAACGAGAAGGGGCGGCUGGAGGAGGCGUACGAGAAGUGCGACCGCGACCUGGACGAGCUGAUCGUGCAGCACUACACGGAGCUGACCACGGCCAUCCGCACCUACCAGAGCAUCACCGAGCGCAUCACCAACUCCCGCAACAAGAUCAAGCAGGUGAAGGAGAACCUGCUGUCCUGCAAGAUGCUGCUGCACUGCAAACGGGACGAGCUGCGCAAGCUGUGGAUCGAGGGCAUCGAGCACAAGCACGUCCUGAACCUCCUGGAUGAGAUUGAGAACAUCAAGCAGGUCCCUCAGAAACUGGAGCAGUGCAUGGCCAGCAAGCGCUACCUCAACGCCACCGACAUGCUGGUGUCAGCAGUGGAUUCCCUGGAGGGUCCCCUCCUGCAGGUGGAGGGGCUGAGCGACCUGAGGCUGGAGCUGCACAGCAAGAAGAUGAACCUGCACCUGGUGCUGAUCGACGAACUGCACCGGCACCUCUACAUCAAAUCCACCAACCGCGUGGGGCAGCGCGGCAGGGACAGAGCCCGCCUCGGGUCCCUUGUGAAAGACGCCUCUCCUGUGCCUCUGAUGGAUGUCACUAAUUUAUCUACACCUCGGAAAUUCCUUGAGACUUCCCAAUUCAGUACUCCUGGAAGCUCCAGCAUGCGAGACUCCAGCGUUCUGGAAAUCAAAGAGGACACAGACCUGGAUCCAGAGGAGAACAGCGCUGUCUUCAUGGGAAUCCUCAUCAAGGGGCUGGCCAAGCUGAAGAAAAUCCCAGAAACAGUGAAAGCCAUCCAGGAUCGCUUGGAACAGGAGCUCAAGCAGAUUGUGAAGCGCUCCACCACUCAGGUGGCUGACAGCGGGUACCAGAGAGGGGAGAAUAUUUCCCAGGAAAACCAGCCUAGGUUGCUGCUGGAGCUGCUGGAGCUGCUCUUUGACAAGUUCAACGCUGUGGCCGCUGCGCACUCGGUGGUGCUGGGCCACCUGCAGCAGACCGUGGCCUCCCCCUGCAGCCAGCACGACGGAGAGAUCAAGCUCUACGACAUGGUGGACGUGUGGGUGAAGAUCCAGGAUGUCCUGCAGAUGCUGCUGACCGAGUACCUGGACAUGAAGAACACGCGCACGGCCUCGGAGCCCUCGGCCCAGCUCAGCUACGCCAGCUCCGGCCGCGAAUUCGCCGCCUUCUUCGCCAAGAAGAAACCCCAGAGACCCAAGAACCCUCUCUUCAAGUUUGAAUCCUCAUCCCAUGCCAUCAGCAUGAGUGCCUACCUGAGAGAGCAGAGGAGGGAGCUGUACAGCAGGAGUGGGGAGCUGCAAGGAGGACCAGAUGAUAACUUAAUUGAAGGUGGUGGGUCCAAGUUUGUCUGCAAACCAGGAGCCAGGAACAUCACCAUCAUCUUUCACCCCCUGCUCAGGUUUAUCCAGGAGAUCGAGCUGGCCAUGGAGCUGGGCCCGGCCAAGCAGUGCCCGCUGCGGGAGUUCCUCACCGUCUACAUCAAGAACAUCUUCCUCAACCAGGUCCUGGCCGAGAUCAACAAAGAGAUCGAGGGCGUCACCAAGGCCUCGGAUCCGCUGAAGAUCCUGGCCAACGCCGACACCAUGAAGGUCCUGGGGGUGCAGAGGCCUCUGCUGCAGAGCACGGUGAUCGUGGAGAAGACAGUGCAGGACCUGAUGGACCUCAUGCACGACCUGAGCGCCUACUCGGACCAGUUCCUCAACAUGGUGUGUGUGAAGCUGCAGGAGUACAAGGACACCUGCACCCUGGCCUACAGGACCAUCGUGCAGUCGGAUGAGAAGCUGGUGAUCAGCGCGUCCUGGGCCAAGGACGACGACAUCAGCAGGCUCCUGAAAUCCCUGCCCAACUGGAGCAACAUGGCUCAGCCCAAGCAGCUGAGGCCCAAGAGAGAGGAGGAGGAGGAUUUCGUAAGGGCUGCUUUUGGCAAAGAAUCCGAGGUUCUGAUUGGGAAUUUGGGAGACAAGCUGAUCCCUCAGCAGGAGAUCCUGCGGGACGUCAGCGACCUCAAAGCCUUGGCCAACCUGCAGGAGAGCCUGGAGUGGCUGGCAGGACGCACCAGGGCGGCUUUCGGCAGCCUCUCGGCAUCCCAGGCCACGUCCCCAGGCCAGGACAGCCAUGGCAGCCUGGAACACCUUCCUGCAUCUGAGCAGAUCCUGCAGAGCCUGAGUGAGCUGGCCAGGUCCUUCCAGGAGAUGGCCGAUCGCUGCCUGCUGGUGCUGCACUUGGAAGUCAGGGUUCACUGCUUCCACUACCUGAUCCCUCUGGCCAAACAAGGGAAUUAUGCCAUCGUGGCCAACGUGGAGAGCAUGGACUACGACCCGCUGGUGGUGCGGCUCAACAAGGACAUCAGCGCCAUCGAGGAGGCCAUGAGUGCCAGCCUGCAGCAGCACAAGUUCCAGUACAUCUUCGAAGGCUUGGGCCACCUCAUCUCCUGCAUCCUCAUCAACGGCGCCCACUACUUCAAGCGCAUCAGCGAGUCGGGCAUCAAGAAGAUGUGCAGGAACAUCUUCAUCCUGCAGCAGAACCUGACCAACAUCACCAUGUCCCGGGAGGCCGACCUGGACUUCGCCAGGCAGUAUUAUGAGAUGCUCUACAACACGGCAGACGAGCUGCUGAACCUGGUGGUGGACCAGGGCGUGAAGUACACGGAGCUGGAGUACAUCUACGCCCUGAACCUGCUGCACCGCAGCCAGACGGGCGUGGGCAACCAAACCACGCAGAACAUGAGGCUGCAGCGCCUCAAGGAGAUCAUCUGCGAGCAGGCUGCCAUCAAACAGGCCACCAAGGACAAGAAAAUCACCACCGUGUGACCCCCACUGCUGCCCGCGUCACCCGCGGCUGGCGGGUGGCACCUCCUCGUUUUUUGGGGUUUUUUUGUUGAUUUUGUUCUGUUUCAAUCAAAGAAAAAGUGGGAAUCUUCUGGGCAUUGUGGUGAGGAUGGGAAAUGCCAUUUGAGAUUUGGGGUUGGGGUGGUUUUGGUGUGUAUCCACAUAACGCUUCUUUAAUGUUCUCCCAAAAGUGAUUCCACAGCAGGAACCCCAGGGGGGUUUGGGGUGGGAUAUUCAGCUUUGCUCUGCUGCUGCUGCUUUGACUGGAGAUGUAAAGGGAUCUGUGGGGUGGGAGAAGGGAAAAUUUGGUCUUGGAAGUUCAGACCACACUAAAUAAUCAGCACCUUGCCUGCCAAUCCCAGACCUGUUGAUCACACGUGGGAUCUUGAUGGUUUGGAGAUCUUUUCUGGAGCCUGCUCGGCUCUGCUAGUGCUCUCUCCAAGUUGUACCCACGUGAAGUUUCCUGCUGUUUCCACUGCUAAAAGAUGUGAUUGUUUGUUCCUUCAGGUGGUGAUCAGCCAGUUCUCCACGUGGGAGGUAACACGGGACCAUUUCCACUUCUCCUCUUUCAUUAUCCCGGAGCCAUCUGGCGCCUGCAGCGCCGGGUGGAUGCAGGAGAAAAUUGCCAAUAUAAAAGAAAAAAACGCUUCCUUCUCUUGUCCUGAAUAUUAUCUUUGAAUCCCCCCCAGCUCCAGAAAUAUUUUGUGGCCGGCACUUGAUGCACUGGAAGGACAGGCAGGGUUGUGUAGCUCAGCACCAAUGAUCAGCAAGGGCAGGAGGGCACCAAAUCCAGGGUCUGAGGCACACCCAGGGCACCAAUUCUGCCCUGCCUUGACCCUCUAAAUUCACCUGGAAAAAGGUUCCUUAUCCUCCAAAAUCAGAAUCCACUGCACUUGUAUUUGCCAGGAAAACCCAGCUGGGUUUCCUGUGCUGAGAAAAGUUCUCUCUGAGCUGUAGGUGCUUUGUGUGUCAACCUUGAAAUUGUAGAAUUAAAGGAUGUUUAAAGGC